AUGGCUACUACUGAAGACUUCACCUUCCCCAUCUUCACAGACCCUUUCUCGUGCAGCAUCGAUUCUCCACCUCUAUGGUGCUUAUCUCCUGCACCCUCUCCUGAUCCGUACCACGAAGACACAUCGAAAGAAAGCAGCACAGAAGGAGAAGAGAGCGAUCAAGAAGUCUAUAAAGAUUGUUUUCCAACCGAAGCCAUCAAGUACUUAACUGAAAGAAAAAGCUUGUCAAGUGUAGAGGAUCUUGGUGCAGCUGCAUCUAAGUUGGUGAGACGAAAUGAUAAGGAGGAGAAGAUGGACUUGCUAUGGGAGGAUUUCAAUACUGAUGAAAAACUGACAAGAAGUCAUAGUAGUUCGAGAUUGGAUUCUGGAAAAGUUAACAUGGGUUGUGUUGAAGCUUUGAGACUGUCCAAACCUAAUGGUACUGCCAUAUUUCCUCCAAGGAAACCAGGCUUGGAUGUGUUCGUGAAAGUGUUGAAGAGGCUUUUCUUGCUUCACAGUUCUCAUAGGUCAGUCAAGCAUCACAGUUCUUAUAGGCCAUCAGUUAAAGGUCACAGGUCACUUAAGUCUGUAAAAAUUGGGUCAUGGUGA